CCUUCUCUCCAACAAGCCAUCAACCAUCGCACGCCCAAACUCAGGGCUUCACGUUCAUAGCCCUGCAACUACCCCUUUCUCCAUGAUCACCUUCUUCUCCGAUACGUAGAAAUACUCUUUCUUCAUUCUUAUCCCCCAAACCUUUUGCAGUCUGAACUGAAAUCAAAAUUUUCACAGUGAACCAUCAUCAUCUUCGGGUCUCUUUGACUUGGAAUUCCCCCUCAAAAUCCUACACUUCCUUCCCCUCUCUAAGUCAACUUAUCUUUGUUGCAGACCGGUGAACGCUGCAUUCUGUUGUUGAUUCCUUGACGGCUAGGCCGGAGCGAACUCUAGGAGCUUUCGAGGGAUUUUUCAACACUAACCUCUGUUCUCUGAAUUUUGUCACUGGAAUGUCGCAGAUCUUGGAAACUAUUCGGUUGUAAGGACUGAACUUGGGGUUUUUCGAGGAUCGGGACUUAUUUUCUCCAGCUCAUAUGAUUUGCGCCCUAAUUUUUGAUGGCAUUGAGCGUCAGGAAAUCUUACCCAUCCAAUGACCGUAUAUUAUUUCCGUUUUGCCUUUUUUUAUUAUAGCUGUGACUCAUCACUCAUGAAACUAUGUAACUUAUAGGAGUAGGGAACCCAGGCAGUUUUGAACUCUUUUUGGACUGAGGUUUGGGUGAAAGGACUGUGGUCUCUCAGGUUUAGGGUUUGUCUGUGGUUUGUCAUGGCUAUUUAGGGUUCAUCAACCUCCAUUUGCUCAAUUAUGGCCGAACGUGAUUAUUGCUUUGUGGAAUGGAAAGAAAAGUUUGUUUCAAAAGAGAGGGGCAAUCGUGUGGUUCAUUAUUUCUUGAAGGACAGUUCUGGGGAUUCUGUGCUUGCUAUUGUCGGCACUGAGAGAAGUGUCCGGCACAUGUUCUAUGUUGUUUCAGAAGAGUUCUUGAAAGUACAUGGUGCUGAGACUUCAAUUCAAGCUGGCUUCAGAUGGAGAUCCAGAAGAGAGGUUGUCAACUGGCUCACAUCUAUGCUAUCCAAGCAGAAUAGGCAGAGUUAUUACUGCUCAAAAUUGGUAAAAGAUGAUCCAGCAUCCAGAGUCAAUUUUGAACGAAGUGAGGUGACAGAUGAUAAGGGACGUCUAGCCAGGAUUUUGAAUGGACCAUCUCCGGAUAUAGUAUGGUCAGGUGAACCAUGGACAUGUGGUAAACAGCUAAAGCAUUACCCAGGAUUUCGCAGGAAUGGGAUUGCAAUCACAACACAUUCAUUUGUCUUUGUGAUGGCUGAAAAGGAUAAUCACUACCUCGCGUAUCUGGAGGAUAUGUAUGAGGAUAGGAAAGGCCAGAAAAAGGUUAAAGUCAGAUGGUUCCACUUUAAUCAGGAAGUCAGAGGCAUUGUCACCUUGCGGAAUCUGAAUCCCAGAGAAGUAUUUAUGACACCUUGUGCUCAAAUCAUCAGUGCAGAGUGUGUUGAUGGCCCUGCGAUUGUACUGACUAGAGCACAUUAUCAUAAAUGUGCAGCAGUUUUUCCAAGCGACUUGCUAUCAAGAGUACACUUUUGCUUUAGGCAGUUUAAGAACAAGAGAGUGAAGCCUUUUGAGCUGGAUAAAUUGCGUGGCUAUUUUAAUCAACCAAUUUUCUCAUGUUUCAGUCCUGAUUUUUUCGAAGAUGAAGAGUUUACUAUGAGAGAUGAAAUUAAAGUUGGAUCUAAAAGGCACAUAAUUUAUGAAGAGCAUGAGAUGGAGGCAUUGGAAAAAUCAUACCCAACGUUGAAAAGUAGUUUCUUCGGCGGUAGAGGAUUGAACUCUCACAAGCAAGUUGAAUGCCAGCUUUGGCAUAUGCUGAACUUUAAGGUUGAUGAAAAGAUUGAAUUUUUAUGCCAAGAUAGUGGAAUGCGAGGCUGCUGGUUCCGAUGCACGGUCCUGGAGAUAUCCAGAAGACAAUUAAAAAUCCGAUAUGACGACUUAAAGGAUGAAGAUGGUCGUGGUAACCUUGAGGAGUGGGUCCCGGCAUCUAGAGUUGCCAGGCCGGAUAGACUUGGAAUUCGAAAUCGAUUCCGUCCAACAGUUAGACCGGCUCCACCUUGUGAAAAAGAAGGCGACCAUAUCUUUGAGUCUGGUGUUUCAGUUGAUGCUUGGUGGAGUGAUGGAUGGUGGGAAGGUGUUGUUACUGACACCAGUAACUGUGUGGUUGAAGGCUAUCAAGUUUAUAUUCCCAGUGAAGAUCUAUUCCUGAGUGUAGACAGUAAGAACAUAAGAAUUUCAAAGGACUGGGUUGGAGAUCGGUGGGUUGAUAUUGAGACAAAUCGUGAUAUUGUUUCAAUCAUCAUUGGUAAUGCCGCAAAAGAGACAAAGCUCUCUGAGUCUACUCUGAAGGAUGCAAAUGAAACACCUGAUUUUGAUGAAACGAAACACACAACAAUGGAGGAUGGAGAUGCUUUCCCAAAAACAAUAAUGCCAACAGAUGGCAUAUCAGAAGAUUUAGGCCUGGUCAACGACUACGACCAAGAAACUGUAGAUGAUAGGGGAGGAGUGAGUACAAAGCCAGAAGAAGCCAGCAUUGCUGAUAAACUUGAUGGCAAUGAUGGAUAAUGUGGUUGACGAAGAAGAUAAAACAGGCAAACAUGGAAAUGGCGUAGUUCUUGUUCAGAAAAUCACGGCAGUAGUUGGAACCCUUGCAAGUGUUCAGAAGUGUUGUAUAUAUAGAGAAGACCGAGGAAGGCAAGAGUCUGCAUUCCUGGUUUUUUUUAAAAUUCUUUUUGGAACUCAAACAAUUACGAGCCAUUUUAGUUGUAUAGCUAUUUAUCUUGAACUAGAUUAUUGAUAGGAAAAUGAAGAACCUAGAACCAU